AUGAUGACCAAGGUACUGGGCGUAGCCGCAGGUCUGGGCCCUAGGCCCCUCCAGGAGCAGGUGGGGCCUGUGAUUGUGAAAGUUGAGGAGGAGAAAGAAAAAUGCUUUCCAAGCCUGGAGAUGUUCCGCCAGCGCUUCAGGCAGUUUGGAUACCAUGACACACCUGGCCCUCGGGAGGCCCUCAGCCAGCUCCGGGUGCUCUGCUGUGAGUGGCUGAGGCCCGAGAUCCACACCAAGGAGCAGAUCCUGGAGCUGCUGGUGCUGGAGCAGUUCCUGACCAUCCUGCCCCGGGAGCUGCAGGCCUGGGUACAGGAGCACUGUCCAGAGAGUGCUGAAGAGGCUGUCACUCUCCUGGAAGACCUGGAGCAAGAACUAGAUGAACCAGGACAGCAGGUUUCACCUCCUCCGAAUGAACAGAAACAGGCUUGGGAGAUGUCCUCUUCGGGAACAGCAAAGAAGUCCCUGAGCAGCACCCAGCCACAGUCAGUGGAAAAUAGUCCCAACUAUGAGUCUUGGGGACCCCUAUACAUCCAAGAGUCUGGUGAAGAGCAGGAUUUCACUCCAGAGCUGAGACAGAAUCAAGAUUGUAAAUCGAACACCCAGAAUGAGGAAUCAACAGAUAUGCAGAAAAGUUCUGAAGAGUCUUAUGCAGACGAAUUCAAAAAGGAUAUUACUCCCAUGGUUAUUGCCAAUAAAUUUGAGGCCAGGUUAGAAAGGCAAUGGGUAAACCUUGAAAAAGAAAGAGGAACAAAAACCUCUCUCCUAGACAAAGGUUCCAAGAAAGGUAGAGAAUUAAUGUCCACCAAACCUGCCCCAGGAGAGAGACGUUACAUAUGUGCUGAGUGUGGAAAAGCCUUUAGCAAUAGCUCAAAUCUUACUAAACACCGGAGAACACACACUGGGGAGAAACCCUAUGUGUGCACCAAAUGUGGGAAAGCCUUCAGCCACAGCUCAAACCUUACCCUUCAUUACAGAACCCACUUGGUAGACCGGCCCUAUGACUGUAAGUGUGGAAAAGCCUUUGGUCAGAGCUCAGAUCUCCUUAAACAUCAGCGCAUGCACACUGAAGAGGCACCAUAUCAGUGUAAAGAUUGUGGGAAAGCUUUCAGUGGUAAAGGCAGCCUCAUUCGACACUAUCGAAUACACACUGGAGAGAAACCUUAUCAGUGUAAUGAAUGUGGAAAGAGCUUUAGUCAGCAUGCAGGUCUUAGUUCUCAUCAGAGACUCCACACUGGAGAAAAGCCGUAUAAAUGUAAGGAGUGUGGAAAAGCCUUCAACCACAGCUCCAAUUUUAAUAAACACCAUAGAAUCCAUACUGGAGAAAAGCCCUAUUGGUGUAAUAAUUGUGGGAAAACCUUCUGUAGUAAGUCAAAUCUUUCCAAACAUCAGAGAGUCCACACUGGAGAGGGAGGAGUGCUUUAA